GCAUUAAAUGCUUAUUUAUAUUAUGAAAAUAAAGCAUCGACAAAACCAGAGGAAGGAGCAGAUGCAGAGCAUGACAUAGAGAGGAGGAGGAGGAAGACGCAGCACUACUUCCUGUGGGAAUUGCAUGUAGCCAUCCUCUCUCGUUUGCUUCAACCCAGAUCCGAAUCUUAUCGGCCGGCCGGCCGGAGUUAAAUACAGUAUCGAAAUUACCUGCCAUUGAUUCUAUGGGUUUGACAUUUGCUCUCUCUGUUUUAUUCAUUCAUCAGAUUUUGUUUUUGUCUGGGUCAUUGUCAUCGUAUAACAGUAGCACUAGUACGAAGUAGGGUCUUUGAAAGGUUACCGGCGCAAGACCGAGUAAGCAAAAAUAUCUCACGUGACGUCCAUAAAAUAAAAACAGAAACCAGAGAUGACGCGGUUUUCCGUUCUGUGUACGUACGUGAGAAGCGUUGUGCUUUGGUUUGGAAUAUCUACAUGACUCACCUGGAAAAUUCUUCUGGCCGCAUUCCGGUUGAGGAGAAAGGGUUAAUUUAUGUGCUUAACUAAGUGAUGAUUUAAUGGCAUAGCAAGGAUUUCAUAUGGUUUAGGAUUUAAAAUAAAAAAAAUUAUAACCAUUUUUGUAAUUGCUUACAAUGUAUUUUAAUAUAUAUUGAAAAGUUUGUAAAAUAUAUUUAAAAUUUAAAUUACUAAGAUGUAAAUAAUUAACGGUAUAUAAAAAAGUAUUUUAUCUGUUAACCACUUUUCCACUAUAAUUCAAUGUUUGUGGCUAGUAUACAUACUAACAUUAGUUUCAACCAUGCGAAACUAAAACCUAGUUCCGAAAACUUCGGAGCGGAGGAAAAAACACAAGUUUCCGGCGUAGAGUGCUAGGGCUUUUCAUGGCGGCGACAACGCCGAAAGGGGCGCCGGACGUGACUAUGAAGCCCCCAGAUCCUUCGGGUGGCACUCGGCGACCUGCGUAGGUUUCCUCCUCCCCGAAUAAUUCGGGGAGGAGGAAACUGUCUAGCCAAAAAAGAAAGUCUGAGGCCUUAAUUUGGAUGGAGAGAACUAGGAGUUGGAGAACAUGACAACGGAGGACACGACUGACACAAUCCCGGACCCAACGCAGCAUGAAGAGAGGAUGGCGGGUAUGAGUGGAUGGGCGGAUGGAACUCGUAAGAGGUUUAGUGAGAUCCUUCAACAAGAUAACUGGUACAUAGAGGAAUUGGAUUCGGAAGACGUGGCACAGGCGGAGAAAGAAGAGGAUGAGGAUACUGAUGAGAUGGAGAACGAUCAUUUAUGCCAAACUGCUCUAUUUACGGCUGCUGAGAAAAUCCGAUGGAGAAGGGAGUGGAGAUCAGCCCUCGUAGUUCAAGGUCUUGGUAGAAGGGUUUCUUUCCUACCAUUAUCUCGAAGGUUGAAUUUUCUAUGGGGCAGACAUGGCGAUUUGUAAAUAUCGGACAUGAAGAACUGUUGUUUCCUAGUCAGAUUCCGUAGGAAGGAAGAUUAUGAAAUCGCAAUAAACGAUGGACCAUGGAUGCUGGGAGACACAUAUCUGACGGUGAUGAGGUGGUAUAAAGGAUUUAAUCCGUGGAAGUCAUAAGUGUCUUCCACCCUUGUAUGGCUACAGUUACCAGACCUACCGAUAUAAUUCAUAAAUAAGGAGGCGGCUAUGAAGAUCGGUUCGCUCGUCGGAAAAGCAAUCCGUGUGGAUCGUGCCACCGAGUUGAGAGCGAGAGGAAAGUUUGCGCGAGUAUGUGUUGAAGUUGAUUUAACAAAACCACUACUAGCCCAGUAGAAAGUGGAAGGGAUUGAGUAUCUCAUUCAGUAUGAGGGAGUUAAAAAUAUAUGCACAGGCUGUGG